CGACAGAUAUAACUUCCUCCUGACUCCGGGCUGGCUGUGCUUUGGGUGUGUGCUCGCUUUUGAAGUGUGAUUCAUUGAGCCCUAAGCUCCUCAGGGGCACCCAGCUCUGGCAGGCUGCGGCUGGAGAGGGAUUUCAUUUCUGGGCUCCUGACAGAUUCUCCUUCCUCCGAUGCUCCUCUCUCAGGGUGUGAUCGAGUGUAACUCCAGCCGCUGUUGGACCUGCUUGGAUCAAGGUUGCGCCGAGAGCCGCGAUGAGCUGCUGGCUGUUUCUGCCUCUGCUGGCCAGCGCUGUGUCCAUCGUAGGCACCUGGACAGUGUAUGGUCUUGCCCUGUCCAAUGGCCACGUAUGUCCAUUAUACAACUGGGUGUACAAUCGUUCCUGUUCUGCUGAUGCCUUGGUGAGAUGCUGUGCAAUUCAAAACAUGCCCUUUGUAAGCACCAGUGGAAUGAACCUCCCUGAAAACUCCCUCUAUAGUGCGGUGCUUAACGCAGUGUCUGUUUUAUUUGCUUUGGUGUGUAUUUUUCGACAUGCUCAGAUAGUGGAUCGGAAAGUAGACGAGGCUCUGCUGAGUAAGGCCGCUAUGAUUAUAGGCUUCUUUGGCUCCGUGGGAGGCUUCAUCGCCGGAAACUGUAACCCAUCGGUUCUCAUGGUGCUGCAUUACUUUGGAGCCUCGCUGUGUUUUGUCAGCGGUUGUAUUUAUUGCAUAUUACAGACAGCUUUAACAUUCAGGCUCCAUAUAACAGGAAAGGAGUGCUUGUUGGCGCCUGUCCGUGCAGUCCUGGCCAUUUUCCAAGUGGUCUUUUCUAUUAGCUAUCUGGCCUUUUUUGUCCAUCCAGACAUCAAGAAGCAACACAUAGGAGCCAUCUGUGAAUGGAUCUUGGCCACAAAUUUCUACGUUUUUAUCGCGUCGUUUACCUUUGAAUUUUACUACAUAACCUCUUCCGUCCUCUACGUGUUGGUCAGUAGACCUGAUGAUGAGAAGGUUGCAAUUCUGUCCGAACCCAAGGGCACAAAUAUGGCCACAUUUGACAAAUGACAUGCAGAAUGCCUACUGCAGACGGGCUGCGGGAUUACGGGCUGUUGGAACCACGCCAUUCUCCGUAUUCAUUAGAUUAUGUAGUGUCAAUCUCUUCAUCUCUAUCAAAAUGUUUAUUCUUCUUUGUGGACCACAGGUUCGCUUGCCUCUUAAUGAACAGCCAGUUAGCACUGCAUCAGCCUGUGGGAAGCAUCAUGGUCCCAAUUUUCCUCCCAAAGCCCUGGGCAGCACUCAGUUCCCAGUUGCAAAGGAUGUGAGGCAGAGAUCUCUUAUUAUGUCAAGUAAUUUUCUUCAUGUUGGUCCGAGGCUUCCCUCCCCCAAACCCCCAGUAAUUCAAGGGGCGUUCCCUCCUGUCUCACUUUCCUCCAGCUUCUCUACAAGCAUCAAGGCCUAGGUGUAGGGUAAGUCUGCUCCACCAGCCCUUGGCCCGGGGAACCUGAGGGCAGCCAGAAAGACGAGGGGGGCCUAAAGAAGGUAACUGCUACCUGGCUCUUCCAGCCUGCCCAUCGAUCUCUGGCUUUCGUUUGUGCUCAGCGGCAGACAGAAGGCCGGGAGGCUGCAGCUGAGGUUGCAAUCCCUGCCCCCAUUUCCAGGUGUGAGGCCCUGUCAGUGGGAGGGCCUGUGCUGAGGGUGUCCAUGAUGCAAAUCUGUCCCAGCAAACAUAGGCAUAAUCAGGUCACAACAAGCAGAGAACCCAGUCAAAGCACUGGGAAGAAAUUGGGGCCCCAUCUAUCUCCCAUUCCUUUCCGGCAGUGCCUCUGAUGGGAGGAUAGCCACCGUGGAGACUGUGCAAAACCGUGGGCUACCUGCCUUGGAUUUCCAGUUGGGACCCAGCUCCCUGCCCUCCCCAGCGUGGAUCUAUCGACCUUCCCUGGAGUUUCAGGCGUCUUCCAUCGGAGCAGCUUUACAAAGGCAAAGGAUGUAAAACAUUCCUCCGUUGUUGUCCUGGGCUCAAACUGUUGCAGUUGAACUGAUUGAAUGAGGCGUUACUGCCUCUUGGAGGGGAGGGGGAUUUCAGCUGAACUGGGGCAACCCCCACCCAGACACAUGGCCUCGUCAAUGCUGCACCAAUUGCCAAACACAGUUCAUCCCCGCCCACACCCCCUCAAACAGACGCUUCGCCUCCUGCAGUGCAGACAAGGUGCUUUUAAUCUUGGUUAUUUUUGGAAUUGAUAUCUUGUUACUGUUGAAUCAUGCAGCACAUAAUUUGGCCCAUUGUUUCUGGGCUGACUCUUUGAAAGAGCUACCCAAUUAGUCCCACUCCCCCGCUCUAUCCCCAUAUCCCUGUAACUAUUUUUCUCCUUUCAAGUAUUUAUCUAAUUUCCUUUUGAAGGUAACUAUUGAAUCUGUUUCCACUGCCCUAUUUGGCAGUGGAAUGCAGAUCAUAGCAACCCACUGCAUUAAGAAAAACCCCUUGUGCCUCAGGUCCUUUUGUAAAUCAGCUUGUGUGUGCUUGAUUGUGCCCUUGGCCCUCUCUCCCAGUCGGAGUGGGUGUUACCCCAGACCCCAUCUAAAUGGGAGAUAUCACAGAGCUCAGGUAUCCCUUUGUGAAUUCUCUGGUGCCAAUAUGGAAUUCGGCCUUCCCCUCAGAUUAGGGAGAUUAAAAUGGAGACCAUUGUUGCAUAGGGACUGUUUUUCUGAUAGUUUGUGUUUUAUCCUAUACACUCAGAGGAUGGACAAUGUACUGUAUUCAAUCCUGUAUUAUUAUUAACGUUCAAAACUGUUAGAAAUAAAGUCAGCAUCAAGAA